AUGCCGCCCAAGCGCAUGACCGCAAACCCCACCAAGCCCGCGCGCUACCGCCCCGGCAAACCCACCGCCCCCGAGCACUCCGACACCUCCGACGCCUCCGACACCUCCGACUCCGACUCCGAGUCCGCCUCCGCCCCCCCCAAGAUCCCCAGCACCACCACCACCACCAAAGCCGACUCCGCCCCCGCCAUCGUCUCCUCCGCGCUCAAAAAGGUCGACCUCAACAAACGCUUCGAGCAGUCGCGCAAAGACGAAGAAGCGCGCGCCGCGCUCGCCGCCCAGGCCGCCGCCGCCGAAGAAGCCGCUGCUGCCGCCGCUGCAGAAGCGGAGAAAGAGAGCAGCAGCGAGUACACCUCCGAGGAAGACUCCGAAGAAGAAGAAUCCGAAGAAGAGGCGCCAAAAAAGCUCCUCCUGCGCCCAACGUUCAUCCCAAAGAACAAGCGCAACGCCCCCGCCGAGGACCCCGAGGCCGUGCAGAAGCGCAAAGCCGAGGAGGAGGCGCGCGCAAAGGAGGAGGCGAAGGUGCUCCUCGAAGAACACAUCAAGCGCGACCUCCUCGCCAAGGCCGCCGGCCGCAAAGGGUGGGACGACAAUGACGAUGAAGAUGCUACGGGUGUUGACGACACGGACGCGCUCGACCCGGCGGCCGAGCGCGCGGCGUGGAAGCUGCGGGAGCUGAUGCGCGUGAAGCGGGAGCGCGAGGCGCUGGAGGCGAUUGAGAAGGAGCGCGAGGAGGUUGAGCGGCGGCGCACGAUGGAUCCUGAGUUGCGGAGGAGGGAGGAUAUGGAGUAUGUGCAGAAGCAGCGGGAGGAGAAGAAGGAGAGUCGCGGGCAGAUGGGGUUCCUGCAGAGGUAUUAUCACAAGGGCGCGUUUUAUCAGGAUGAUGGGUCCGAGGUCAUGAAGAAGAACUAUGCGACGGCGCAGGUGGAGGAUGAGGUCAAGAAUCGCGAUGUGCUGCCGAAGUAUAUGCAGGUGCGCGGGGAUGAGGUGGGGAAGAGGGGGAGGACGCGGUGGACGCAUUUGACGGCCGAGGAUACGAGUAUGCAGAAUGGGGGCAGCCCGUGGUUUGAGAAGAGUGGCAGUAAUAGGAGGGCGGCGGAGAAGAUGGGUGGUAUGAGGGAUGAUGAGAGGUUCAUGCCUGAUAAGGACAGGCAGAGAGAACGCGGCGGUGAGGAGAGAAGAGAUAACCGGGGUCCUCCACCACCGCGGAACGAUCGAGACCGUGACUUUGGUGAUCGGAGGCCUCCAGAAGGUCCGCGCAGAGACCGUGAAGGUGGCGACAGGGGCGGUGAUCGAUACCGUGGCAGUGGAGCCAGAGACGGCGACAGAGACAGACGCGGGCCUCCCAAUGACCGAGAAUGGGGCGACCGGAGAUCCAGAGACUCCCAGCGAGAUAGAGACGGCCGCCGAGAAAGAUACUCCGGUGACAGAGACCGGGAACGAAGACGCACGCGAUCACCGCCACGACGACGUGACGAUGGCGACAGAGACCGGGAUAGGGAUAGGAAGCGCCCGCGGUCACCGCCGAGGCGGAGGGAUGAGGACUCGGGGGAUGGGGAUAAGAGGCGGCGGACGGAGGUGCCGGCUGCGUAG